GAUACCUAGUGAGCCUCGUCGGAGACGAACCAAAGGCACGAACACCUCAUGACAUUCCUAUCGUUCGUGAGUUCGUGGACGUGUUCCCAGACAAGCUUCCCAGCGGUCCACCUAGCCGACUGGUGGAGUUUUCUAUUGAUCUUAUUCCGAGAGCCAGACUAGUGUCUAAGGCGCCAUAUAGAAUGGCACCUAAAGAGUUACAGGAAUUAAAGUCUUGUUGUUAU